CACUCUGCGCAGCUGCACGAGAGGACUACUUCCAUCACUGACCGACGCUUCACAAAGCGCUUUCUGUUGGCAUGAUGACCAGUCUCUUCCCCUCAACGCGUCUUUUGCGAUCGAGCGGAGUAGCACCCUUGCGCGCUCGACUGUUCGAGCAGAGCUCAAAGAGAACCACUGGAUGCUCUCGAGCAGCCUGUCACACAAAGUCCCUCUCGACCACAUCGAGCGCCAAACAGCAACGCUCCACGCCGCGCUCUACAAUCUCGCCUUCGACUCUUCCACCCUCGCAUGGCGUUCAAGGCGACCCUGCGCUCAGGCCUCCUCUAGCAAAGCACACUACGCUCUACGACUCGGACCUGGACGCGACCAUCGUCAUUCAUCCGGACACGGUGUCCAUCGUGUCCCCAAGCAAUCGUAUACACCGUCCAUUCCACUUUGACCAUGUCUGGUUGAGGGACGCUUGCACAGAGCAAGGUGCGAGUCUGCAGCUGGGUAGCGGCCAGAAAGUGUUUCACACCAGCGAUGUACCCAUCCCGCAGUAUGGCUUCGGUCUGUUGGACGCGAAUGUCACACCGCGACUUGUGGAUGCGCCCAAUGGCAGAUCAUUGGAAUUGACCUUUGAGAUGUCGCACGGCGUGCUGAAUGCCUUUUCAGCGACCUUUGCCGCUCCCGCUCCUCCUCCCACUCUACCCAGCACUCCCCACGUUAGCCGGAUUCCUAUCGCGCUUCUGCUCGACCACGCCUCGCCUCAACGCUACGCCGCAAGCCACUUCGACAUUGGUGCCGUCGCGUCAUCCUGGGAAGGAGCGGAUCUGACAGCGUUCCCCAGCUCUUCUCCACCUCUUUCAGCCUCCGAGGAGAAGUCGAGCAGGUUUGACCGGCAAGCAGCGACAUCGCGACCAGCUCGCGUGGACUGGACCACUCUCAAUCCCCACAAUGCGGUGAACGACUUCGCUGUGGACCAGGUGAAUGCGCACAGAGCUCUGGCAGAAGCUCUCAUGAGGGAUGGGUUGGCUUUCGUCACCGGCUUGCCUAUCGACACUACGGGAUCUCAGCCUAGAGCUGAUGGCGACUCUUGCUCACUCGCCCGCUUGGCAGAGACGCUGGGCGAGAUCAGACAUACCUUCUACGGUCCGCUGUGGGACGUGCGGUCGCUAGGAUCCGGGUCUCGCAACAUUGCCUAUACCAACGUCGAUUUGGGCUUCCAUAUGGACCUAUGCUACUUUCAAAAUCCUCCUCGCUUUCAAUUCUUGCACAUGCUCAAGUGCAAGGUGAGAGGAGGAGAAAGCAUCUUUGUGGAUGCGUACAAAGUUGCCGAGUACAUGUGGCAGCAUCACCGCGAACUUUGGCAGGUUCUCGCAGAGGUACCUGUGGGAUUUCACUACAACAACGACGGCUAUCACUACCGUUACACGCACCCUACCUUUGAGGUGGCUGGUCCAACAUCUGGUCACUGGGGUCCGGCAGACAGCUCAAGUGACGAGCGCAUGCCGCGCCUAACCGCGGUCAAUUAUUCUCCGCCGUUUCAAUCGCCGCUCCCACUCACUACGCCACGAAUGCAAUCUCCAGCAGAGAGACGCAAAUUCUACGAGGCGCUCAAGACGUUCGCCGAUCUGACGCACGAUCCCAAGUUCAAGUAUGAGCGCAUGCUGGGAGAGGGAGAAUGCGUCAUUUUUGAUAACAGAAGGGUUCUACAUUCCAGGAAAGGAUUCGAAUGGGACGAAAAGGAGGAAGAGGAGGGUGGGCAAGUCAAGAGGUGGCUGAAGGGCUGCUACGUGGAUGGCGACGCCAUCUGGAGCAAAUACCGGGUACUUGUGGCUCAAGCAAGAGCCUCUGCGGGCAGUGCUGCUUCGAUGCAAUAGAGGGCAUGAAGUGAAGCAGCCAGGUCGUAGUUUGGAAGACCUUGGUCUUCCCGGCCGACGACAGUAUGAGCCCCGGGCGUGAUCUCCUGAUUUGAAUGUCAGGGAAUUUGGGAAGCUGCGCGAAGCGACAGUCACGAGUAUCCGAAUGAGCGGCCUACCAAUGAUGUUUCACUGCGCUUCCCUAGCGCAACAAAUUGUCCACUUUCUCGCGUUUCUUCGCGGAUGCUCUUGGCAUGAUCGCGUCGAAUGCCUCGAUGUCCGCGGGUCGGUCGUGACUGUGAAUCGCGGAUGAAGUCUUGGAGCCUUGAGUUACGC